AUGCGAGUGCAAAGAUAUCUGCUUCGUGGAUGGAUAGUUAAUUUCAUACAGUUACUGGUUCUCGGCGCUUUGCUGUUUCAGCAAAUCUCGGUGUGGGCAAUACCAGUACUACGGUCGUCUCCCAGGACCGGACCGGUCCAAACAGAACGCCUUGGUCUAUGUGUGGAAAAGACAGUACCUGAGGAACUAGUCCAGAACGUCCGCGCAUUUCAUACCUGUUCGGAGGAUGACUAUAUGCUUUCAGGUGGCAGAAGAUACUACUUUGAAAAUUCUUUUCAGACGCAAGCCACGACAAUGUACUAUGCUCAACUACCCAUACAUUUUAUGCAGUACAAGUUAAUUCUCGUGUACCCACCCCUAUUUUACGCCAGCACUUUGCUUUCUAUUUCCCUCCUUUCAGCUUCUACUUUAAGCCCAUCUGAAAAAC